GAACUGAUCAGCUGAGACAUUUCUUCAUUGCUUCGACUACAAGGAUCACAGUAGACAGCUCCCAAGCUCCAGCUUCUGCAAGCAUGGGCAGGAAUGCUGAGCCUAAGCCUGCUCCAAAGGCUGUAGUCAAGAAGGAGAAGGCCAAUGUGGAUCAGAAAGGCCAAGCCAACUUUGGAAAUUCCUUGAAGAAGUCGAACUCAGAGGAAGCCCAACAAGCCUUGCAGCUCUACCAGCCCUUGCCUCGUUUCUCACAGCAGAAGAAGGAUUUGAUGCAAGCUUGGAAGGCUGACAAGACUUGCAAGUGGAUCAGCACUUGGAACAAGUCUUUGGAGACUGAAAAGAAAAAACUGUCAAUGAAAGAGCUGGUUUUGGAACCAGAUUCCAAGUGGCCGCCAUGCUCGAAAUGA